GAGCACGAGAAAGUAUGCCUUGAUCGCAAAAUGAAUGGACACAGGCUGGAAGAAGAGCCAGUAUUGAGAGCAAGAGCAAGAGAUGUUCGUACGGUUGCCUCUUUGUUAAGGCCAAUCGCAUUAACAAAGAUUUGUCAAGUGAACGUUUCAGAAGCUGGUUUACAGGUAGUUACAGAAAUCAAUGGAGUCUUACAGGCAAAUGCAUAUAUUGGAAGUGGAUUGUUUGAUGAAUACGUCUACAAUCCUCCUGCAGAAGACAUUCAUGAAUGGGACGACGACGAAACCGGUUCCAGCAGUCAGGCGCCCAUCACAACAUUUGACGUCUCUUUGGAAACGUGGUUGCAAUGUUUGAACAUAUACAAUACCGCAGCUGGUGUUGUCACAAAUCCAUCAAACAACAGCAAAAUAGCAUUGGGAAGAGAUGCAGAUGCGCGCAAAACACCCUUUGUGCGUGGUCGUACGAUAGUAGAGAUGAUUUAUGCUGGACAAGGACAUCCUUUGAUCUUAGAAAUCAAAGAUGGAAAAGUCACCACUCGCUGUGAGCUGGCGACAUACUUCACAGGAGAGCUAGAGGUGACAGAGAUUCCCUUUUUGCCAGAACGUGUGGUCGGGCAAGUGAUCAUAACGUCAAGACGUCUCACAGAGGCAUUGCUGAGCAUUGACAACUCGUGCCGCAACGUCACUUUUGAAUUCAUGGGCGAUUCUCGCGACAAAGACGGAAGUACAUCGGCACUUCCUCAAACGCCAACACGCAGGAACCGUCAAAGCUGCAAUGCAUCUACCACUAUCCCAACUAUGAUUGAUGAAGAUGACGGACAAGAGAUCGCAGAUACCAGGCGAAUGUAUGAAAAUGAAGUUGGCAAAGAAAUGAUGCGAAUCACUGCAGAAGGCGAUCAUGGUUCCGUGGAGCUCGAUUUCCCGAACAAACAAAGAGUCUUUGAAAGUUUCAUGCUGAAAUACGCUUGCAAGUUCACUUAUUCGUUUUCCAACAUUCAACACUGUUUGCGUGCUUUACAGACAUCUCUCAAAUGUUCCAUACGCAUAGAAGAUCAAGGAAUGAUGAGUAUGCAAUGUCUGUUUCCCGAUCGACCGCUUUAUGAACGGGACUCACAAGAAGACGAACAAGCUGGACCGGAACGAAAAGGGUUUGUGGAAUUGCGUAUGCUUUCAGUGACGGAGGAAGCAAUGUGAUGUUGUAUAAUAAUUGUGUAAGAUUGAAUCCAUGUAUUGUAUAGAUGUAAUUGAUACAAAAUUUUAAUGUACGGAAUACGAUACAGAGCAUCAAAG